AUGCCGUCCGACCUCUCCGGCCUCGGUCAAUACACCGAUCUAGACAGUAAAGGCUUCGACACACUCCGCAAAGACGCACAGGCCAAAGUCCGUUCGAACAGAACUCAGAUUAAGAAGAAGAUGAAGGCGUUCGUUGGCGAAGAGCGCAAGAACAAUUUAGCGCUCGUAGGCGCCUCGCGUUCUGGGGCUUUGGCCUAUUUUAAAACUCGAUUUAAUAUCGAUAACUUCUUCUCGGUCUGGACCUACAUGAAAGGUUAUGUUAACCUCCGAAAGUCCUUCGCAGAGGACAGAGAUAGCCUCGCUAUUACAUUCUGCAAGGACAUCUUCGCCGAGUUCGCCGCGGAGAUCCACGCGUAG